CUGUGCUGCUUGUGAAACCGCAGUAGGCAUACAGAAGUUCAACUGUGAAAUGUCAGCUGAGUUAGCUAAAAUUAAAGUCCCUAGUUUGGCUGGUCGUCUGGAGCAGGGCAAGCUGGUCAAGUUGAAGAAAGUGUUUGAAGAUCUGAGAAAAGUUGAGGACGGCAAGGCGACAGUUUUUGAAAACACCGAUCUCGUUAAAUUUGCGAUUGAGCUUGCGAGACCGGAUAUUCUCCAGCACCAAGAUGUUAGUGUGCAGUGGUUGGCCGCUGCUUGCUCUCUUCAAGUUUUUAGAGUCUUUUAUCCAGAGGUCCCAUAUUGUGACCCUCAAAUGAUAAAGUUGGUGUUGGAGUUGUACUUGAGAAGGAUGAAAUCUCCACCAGCACCAGGUUCUCAGCAAUUUUGGUAUUACUAUAACAUCUUGGAGGUUGCUUCAUCAAUCAAGGUGUUUGGUCUUUGCCAUAAUUAUGAUCUUGUGGACAUAGGCAAGCAGGUCAUUAGAACUUGCAUCAAUACUGUCAGUGUGGUUCAGAACAAACCAAAGGCUGUCAGCUCAAUGGUGAAGAUUAUUGAACAUUACCUCUCAAGUGCUGAAACCAUAUCUAGAGACAUUCUUGAUAUGGUGCUAAUGCCUCUGGUUAAUCAGUCAAAGAACCCUGCUGCAUAUGAACUGUGUAGAGAGCUAUGGAUGACGGCAUCAGCAGAUCUUGAACCAUUCUUGCAAUCACUGUAUUCAUCAUCACUUGGUUUAAGUAAUGGACCAAAGGAGGAAGAAGAACCUUGUCUUGCUAUUCAGCACAUAAAUGAUAUUAUACUGGAGUUACACAAAAUUUCACCUGCAGUACUAAAUACGAUAUUACCCCAGAUGGAGUACAGACUCAAGGUGGAGGAGGAGACUGUUCGCAUAGAGACAGUUCAGUUGCUUGGUCGCAUGUUUGCUGAAGAAGCAUCACUAUUGGCACAAGAGAAUAUGUCUUUGUGGCAAUCGUUUUGUGGAAGAUUUCAGGAUGUGAGCGUCAAAGUUCGUUUACAGUGUAUUAAAUUGUCACAAUUUCUACUUGUUUACCAUCCAGAAAUACGACGAGCUACAGCAGGUAAUAGCUAUGUAGGAACCUGGAAGUGUUACACUAACUACAGUGUUAAAGGAGAACUCUCACCAGAAUCAACUAUCUCUCAGAUGAAAACUGCCACUUCAUGA